AUGUUGUCAAACGUUGACGAGAAAGAAAACCUUGCCCGAAUGAGGAGAGGACAGCUCUACUUUGCUUUCUCUCCACAGCUUGUAGCCGCUCGCAGGCGCUGUGCGGGUGUCGUCAACAGAUUGAACAACUCCGGGGAACUGACCCGAAGGGAAAUUGCUGCAUUCUGGACGGAAAUCACUGGCGAUGACCGACCCCUGCCGCCACCUGCUCUGACUGACGAGGAAGAUGAUGCCGUGCUACAUGAAUACCCCUGGAUUGAACGUCCUAUCAAUAUCGACUACGGUACAAAUAUCAAAGUGGGAAGCAAUGUCUUUAUCAAUUUCAACUGCACGUUUCUUGACACCUGCUUGGUAUCGAUCGGAUCGCGAACCCUCAUCGGCCCCAAUGUGUCCUUCUUCAGUGGUACCCAUCCAACAGAUCCAGACUUACGCAACGGUACCAAUGGGCCAGAGAUGGGUAAACCUAUCACUAUUGGCUCGGAUUGUUGGAUUGGUGGAAACGUUACUAUCCUCCCCGGUGUUACUAUUGGAGAUGGAUGUACUGUCGGUGCUGCAAGCGUGGUCACCAAGGAUGUUCCGGCUUACCACGUCGCGGCAGGGAGUCCAGCACGGAUCCUUCGCAAAGUCGAGCGAACUUUCAAGGCACUAUAAGAAGCUCU